CAUAUUCUCUUGUUGUAGUCUCUGUCUUCGCGCGUGUGAAAUCAGAUGGACAUUAAAGAUGUGUGGGAUUGAAGCCUGGUACAUGGAUGAAUCCAUUGAGGAUCAAAAACUCCCUCACAGAUUAAACCCGAAUCAACCCGUGUCUCUCAAACAGCUGGAGCAGAUCGGAGUUUAUUACUGGAAGUUAAAUGCUGAUAUUUAUGAAAAUGACCCAGAACUGGAGAAGAUCCGUGAGGAAAGGGGUUAUUCCUAUAUGGAUAUUAUAACUAUUCACCCGGAUAAACUUCCAGAUUAUGAGAGCAAAGUGAAAUCGUUUUUUGAGGAACAUCUACAUCUUGACGAUGAGAUCCGCUACAUCCUGGACGGAACGGCUUACUUUGAUGUGAGGGAUAAAGAUGACCGCUGGAUACGUAUAUCUAUGUCCAAAGGCGAUCUCAUCACACUACCAGCAGGAAUUUACCACAGAUUCACAGUUGACGAAACCAACUACGCUAAAGCCAUGCGUCUGUUCAUCGGUGAACCCGUAUGGAAAGCGUACAACAGACCAGCUGAUGACUUUGACAUCCGCAAGGCCUAUGUGAACUCCCUUAAGUGUUCAUAAAAUAGCACAUGGGAUUGGUUUCAGUGUUAAUAAACCAAUGAAUUGCAUCAGUGUGUAUUCAACACUAACUGACAGGAUUGCUGACGUUCUCUUCAUCAGUGAUCUUCAGUAGAAUUGACCUCUGUAAUGCCUUUAUUUAACACUUUUGAGAUUUGCAAAUCAUGAGUAAUAGUGUGUCUGUUAGAUAAAGGAAUUUUUUAACAGCUACAAUUUUCAAAUAUAGACCACUUGAGCAUUGUUUAUGUACUUUUAUGUACUUUUUGGAGCUUCAAAGUUUUGGACCCAAUUCACUUGUAUUGUAUGGACCUACAGAGCUGAGAUGUUCUUCUAAAAAUAUUCAUUUGUGUUCUGCUGAUGAAAGAAAGUCAUACACCUCUGGGAUGGCAUGAUGGGGGUAAAUAAAUUAUGAAAUAAGUUUCA